AUGGCAUUAUUCGGCUUCGACACUACCGCGGAAGAAGUUGUCUCAACCUUCGCUUCCAAUGUCAAGGGCCGCACCUUUCUCAUCACGGGUGCUAGCGCCAACGGAUUGGGUGCUUAUAUGGCCAUUUCUCUUGCCAAAGCGUCGCCCACGGCAAUUUUUCUUGCUGGUCGCUCCGAAGCCAAGGUGGCGCCUGUCAUCAAGGAGAUCGCCGCCACUGAUCCGUCUAUCCGUGCCACCUUCAUUGCUGUGGAGCUCACCGACCAGAACAGCGUUCGAGCCGCAGCCGCCAAUAUCCUCGCAGACUCCAAGACCUCCAAGAUUGACGUUUUGAUCAACUGCGCCGGUAUUAUGUACGCCAAGGAGUUCACGACGGAUGCCGAGGGGAACGAGUUGCAAUUCAGUGCCAACCAUAUCGGACACUUUCUGCUCACGAACUUGCUGCUGCCCAAGAUCCUUGCCGCUGGUGAGGGUGCCCGCAUUAUCAACGUCUCGAGCCACGGACAUCAACUCUCCGACGUGUGGUGGAGCGACCCGACCUUCAACAAGGGUAAAGACUAUCACGGAUGGAGCGGCUACGGACAAUCCAAGACCGCAAACAUUUUGUUCAGUAUCGAGUUGGCUCGCAGAUUGAAAGGCCGCGGAGUUGUCUCGCUGUCUGUCCACCCCGGAAGCAUCGGAGGCACUGGUCUCUUUAACCAUGUUUCCAUGACAGAGCUUGACAAGGGCGACGAGGUCUCUCGAAAGAACACCGGAUUGCCUUUCGCGAUUGACAUGCCAUUCAAGACCGCGACUCAAGGGUGCUCGUCUAUAUUGGCAGCCGCGCUGGAUCCCGAGCUUGCGGCUCACAGCGGCUCAUAUAUUCAGAACUGCCAGGUCGGAACGCCUCGUAAGUAUGCACUUGAUGGCGAGAAUGCGAAGAAGCUGUGGGCCAUGAGCGAGGAUUUGGUAGAACAGAUUUUUGACCUGUGA